CGCCGAGGGCCGAGCUCGGGGACGACGGCGGCGGGGGGAGCCGAGCCCAUGGAGCCGGCGGGUACCCGGCGGAGCCGGCGGACGCCGCCGCCGCCGCUGCUGCUACCGCUGCUCCUGCAGGUGGCGGGGCCGGCGGGCGCCCUGGCCGAGACCCUGCUGGACGCGCCGCGGGCCAUGGGCACCAGCUCCAGCUCGCCCAGCCCCGCGAGCGUGGUGGCCCCGGGCACUACGCCGUUCGAGGAGAGCCGACUGCCGGUGUUCACCCUGGAUUACCCCCACGUGCAGAUCCCCUUCGAGAUCACCCUGUGGAUCCUGCUGGCCUCCCUGGCCAAGAUCGGCUUCCAUCUGUAUCACAAGUUACCCACCAUAGUGCCUGAGAGCUGCCUCCUCAUCAUGGUUGGACUUCUGCUGGGUGGGAUUAUUUUUGGAGUGGAUGAGAAAUCCCCCCCGGCCAUGAAGACGGAUGUGUUUUUCCUGUACCUCCUCCCCCCCAUCGUGCUGGAUGCGGGCUAUUUCAUGCCCACCCGCCCGUUCUUCGAGAACAUCGGCACCAUCUUCUGGUACGCCGUGGUCGGGACGCUUUGGAAUUCCAUUGGCAUCGGGGUGUCCCUGUUUGGCAUCUGCCAGAUCGAAGCCUUCGGCCUGAGUGACAUCACUUUGCUGCAGAAUCUGCUCUUUGGCAGCUUAAUCUCGGCCGUGGACCCCGUGGCCGUGCUCGCUGUCUUCGAGAAUAUCCAAGUCAACGAGCAGCUCUACAUCCUGGUCUUCGGGGAGUCCCUGCUGAAUGAUGCCGUGACAGUGGUCUUGUACAACCUGUUCAAGUCUUUCUGUCAGAUGAAGACCAUCGAGACCAUCGACGUGUUUGCUGGAAUCGCCAACUUCUUCGUCGUGGGGAUUGGCGGGGUGCUGAUUGGCAUCUUCCUGGGCUUCAUCGCGGCGUUUACCACUCGCUUCACACACAACAUCCGCGUGAUCGAACCGCUGUUCGUCUUCCUGUACAGCUAUUUGUCCUACAUCACAGCCGAGAUGUUCCACCUGUCGGGCAUCGUGGCAAUCACAGCUUGCGCAAUGACCAUGAAUAAGUACGUGGAAGAAAACGUGUCUCAGAAAUCCUACACGACCAUCAAGUAUUUCAUGAAGAUGUUGAGCAGCGUCAGCGAGACCCUGAUCUUCAUCUUCAUGGGCGUGUCCACCGUCGGGAAGAACCACGAAUGGAACUGGGCCUUCGUCUGCUUCACCCUGGCCUUCUGCCUGAUCUGGAGGGCGCUGGGUGUCUUUGUCCUGACUCAGGUCAUUAACUGGUUCCGCACGAUUCCCCUGACCUUCAAGGACCAGUUCAUCAUUGCCUACGGUGGGCUCCGCGGGGCCAUCUGCUUCGCGCUGGUGUUUCUCCUUCCUGCUGCCGUGUUUCCCCGGAAAAAGCUGUUCAUCACGGCGGCGAUAGUGGUCAUAUUCUUCACUGUCUUCAUCCUGGGAAUAACUAUCCGACCGCUGGUGGAGUUCCUUGAUGUUAAGAGGUCCAAUAAGAAACAGCAAGCUGUCAGUGAGGAAAUCCAUUGCCGGUUUUUUGAUCACGUGAAGACCGGGAUUGAAGAUGUUUGUGGACACUGGGGUCACAACUUUUGGAGAGACAAGUUUAAGAAAUUUGAUGACAAGUACCUGCGGAGGCUUUUGAUUCGGGAGAACCAACCCAAGUCAAGCAUUGUGUCUUUAUAUAAAAAGCUUGAAAUAAAACAUGCCAUUGAGAUGGCAGAGACGGGAAUGAUAAGUACUGUCCCUUCUUUUGCAUCUCUGAAUGACUGUCGUGAAGAAAAAAUAAGGAAGCUCACACCUGGUGAAAUGGAUGAAAUUCGAGAAAUAUUAUCAAGAAAUCUCUAUCAGAUCCGUCAGCGAACUUUGUCCUACAACCGACACAAUCUGACGGCCGACACGAGUGAGAGGCAAGCCAAGGAGAUCCUGAUCCGUCGAAGGCACAGCCUUCGGGAAAGCAUUCGGAAGGACAGCAGCUUGAAUCGAGAGCACAGGGCUUCCACCUCAACCUCCCGAUAUUUAUCCUUACCAAAAAAUACAAAGCUUCCAGAAAAGCUACAAAAGAAAAAGAAUAUUUCUAAUGCAGGUGGCAACGGCAGUGACUCAGACCCAGACGUCGGGACCACCGUCCUCAACCUGCAGCCCCGAGCCAGGCGCUUCUUGCCAGAACAGUUCUCAAAGAAAGCCCCCCAGGCCUAUAAAAUGGAAUGGAAGAACGAGGUAGGAGCUGAUUCCGGGCCAGGGCAGCCCUGCAGCUCCCCAGCUGCCCACAGCAAAGAGGGGGGCCCCCAGGCCCCAGGUGUGCUCUGCCAGCCCCUCCUCUCCAAAGGCCACUUUGGCUCCGUGCGGGGCGACCGUAUGAACGAAGGCAUCCGACCCAAGGCGCCACCUAGGCUGGUCCGAAGGGCAUCAGAACCUGGAAACCGGAAAGGUCGAUUCGGGAGUGAGAAGCCUUAAUGGAAAUGGCCAAAGCAGACCCGGGGGGACCGGCCCUGCCCAGCUGUGGCUGGUUACCCAGCAACCUGACACAGCAAGGGAAUCCACUUCCAACCCUCUAUGCAUCUAAAUACUGUCCUUGGGUGGUAGAGCCAUGCCUUUGAUCCAUGGGGUGAAUGCUUAUCCCAAGAAGAAGAAAAUCAAAGAAACAGAAGCCCCAUAAAAUAUCUCAUAUGACCUGUUGCUAGCAGUUGUAUUCUUUGCAAGCCUGAAGAAAAAAAAGCCACGUGUGCCUGUAUUGAGCUUGAAGGACAGAACUUGAAAUUUUUAACACACCCUUGUUGGUGAAAGUUUUAAUAUAUACAUAUAUGCCUCAGAUUUUAUUUAUGAAAAAAUAUGUAUAUCUGUAAUUAGUUUUUCAGUGAAUGGCACUAAAAAUACUCAGAACACCUUUCCGUGGCAUCCAGGGCAGCUCCUAGAGGAUGGGGGGCCAUCAGCUCGGGGUGGUGUUUCCUGAUCCUUAGCUGAUGCCAGUUAAGGAAAAAGCACAGCAUGGAGCAGAGACCCCCGAGGACGGCAACAGCCAGAGCAUCUAGGCAGAACCUCAUGGCCUGGCUCCCAGACUGCAGCGCCUAUGAAAUGAUGAGAGUCAGCUGGUUUUCAAUUUGUUCCUUAUUUGACCUCAUUGAUGUCGUUUUGGGUGACAGACAUCUAGAUUCCAUCUCCCCGUCGUGUUUAAAUGGUACAAAGAGAAGGGCUGUGUGGGUGAAACCAGCUUAUGCUGUAUGCCAGACUCAGAGCCAGCUUGUGAUGAAGUCUGGCCUCACAUGGUGGGUGUGGAGAUGACAGGGCAGCGCCUGCACAGCUGGCUGCCGGGUUUUAUAUUGUGCAAUACUGGGAGGAA